UUCAUAUAAUCAACAGCAGAAACAAUGUUUCAGACGAGUCUGACAACCAUGUCUCUCCUCUCUCUCCUCUUCCUCCUCCUUCUCCUCUUCCCUCUCUCCACCACCUCCUCCUCCUCGUCCUCUAUACAGGACCUUCUUCAGAGCCAAGGACUUCCAGGUGGUCUGUUCCCAAAAAAUGUGAAAUCCUACAAUUUGGACCAAAAUGGGCGGCUGGAGGUGAAUCUGGGAGAGCCCUGCUUUGCCAAGUAUGACACAAGAGUGUACUUUGACAGUGUUGUGAGAGCCAAUUUGAGCUAUGGUGGGUUGAUGGGUUUGGAGGGUUUGACCCAGGAAGAGCUGUUUCUUUGGUUGCCAGUUAAGGGAAUUGUAGUGAGUGAUCCAUCUUCAGGGUUGAUUUUGUUUGAUAUUGGUGUUGCUCAUAAGCAGCUCUCUCUUUCUCUCUUCGAAGACCCUCCUUCUUGCAAGCCUCAAGUCUUUCUCAUCAACCAAACAUAAAAAGCGGUUGGAUAUCCAUUUCAAUUUUGAAUUUUCACAGAAAAGGAGUUCUGUUGGAGAAAGUUGCAGUGAAAGAGAUGGGAUUCCAAAUGAGAGAAGGAAUAUAAAUGCUUGCUCUUUUUUGGUUCUUUUUUUUUGGCCUUUUUUUUAAGAGUUCUGAAGAGAAAGUGUGUGGACAUCUUGGAGUAAGUAUUAAUGUUGAUAGAUGAUAUUAGCGCUGUAAAAAUGGAAAUUUGGGGAUAAUAUUUAGCAAUAAAAUGCUAAAUUGUGGGAAUUGUUUGUAGUAUUUAAAUGGAAAUAUCUUAAUUAAA